UCAAAGACGGACUUCCGAAGCAAAUGUAGCAGAAUAGCCCGUACUUUGUUUACGUCCCGCUGCUGGACUGACAGCUGUCGGAAAGCUUUACGCACACGAACGUUCAUAACUGCGUGUCUGUCGUGGUUGCCCGCAACUUGGUGAACUUUUGUUUUGAAAUGCUAAGGAUGGAGCGUUUUGUUGAAUGAGAAGAAGACUCGCUAGAUGCCGACAGGAGGAUGAACUCCAUCACCGGUCGGGCUCUUGCUAUCCCCGCCGCCUCUGUCACCAACUCUGGAGCUUCAUCCUCUCGAGCCCUGCAUGUGGAGCUCACAUCCCAGCAGAGACGGUUGCGUCAUCUCCGGAGCAUUGCUGCCAGGAACAUAGUCAACAGGAAUGGUUCUCCGCUGCUGGACACUUACUUCACCCUCCACCUCUGCGUAGGAGACGGCAUUUCUAGAGAUUUUUACAAGAGUGAAGUCAUUCGAGACUCACUGAACCCGACCUGGCGGAGCUUGGACUUUGGAAUGCUCCCGGACCUCCUGGAUACUUCAGUGUCUUGCUUUGUGGUUCGGAUUUGGGGUGGGCAGAAGGAACAGUACCAGCUCCUCAUUGAAUGGAAGGUCAACUUGGAUGGCCUGAGAUACACAGGACAACAGAUUCGAUCCAGAUACCCAAAUGAGAUCAUAUUUGGGCUGAAUGAUGGCUACUAUGCAGCUGACUUUGAUCACAAGGAUCCGUCGGAGCGGAAGAAUUACAGUCUGCUUCAGGUCGACCAGAGUUCAGUCAGGAACUCCUACAGCGUUUUCUCUUUGCUCAGGCUUCACACAGCACAGAGAGCCAUCAAGCAGACCCAAGUGACAGUUCAGAGGUCCGGCAAGGAGAUUGAAGAAAAACUAAGAACAACGGCGGCUUGUACUGAGCGGAAGAAGGAGCGGGAGUGCAUGCAGCUGCGCAUAGCUGUGCUCUGCAGCGAGCUGCAGCGGCAGAAGAAGGCGCUUGGCAGGGAAAUAGACGUUCGGCAGAAGGAGAGGGCACAUCUACAGAAGAAAGAGGAAGCGUUUUCCUCUCAGCACGAAAGUCUGAAGGAGGAGAAAGAAUCCCUAACAAAGUUGCAGAAGGAAUGUACGGCCAAGAGAGAGCAGUUCCUCAAAACCAACGCCCAGCUCACCUUCCGCUGUCGUCAACUCCUCUCUGAGCUCUCCUACAUCUACCCCAUCGAUGUGGUCAAUCAGUCGGAUUAUGUCAUCUGUGGAGUGAAGCUGCCAAACUCGGACGACUUUCAAGCAAAGGAUGAUGGGAGCGUGGCGGUCGCCCUGGGUUACACGGCACACCUGGUCCUGAUGAUCUCCUGCUUCCUCCAGCUCCCUCUCCGGUACCCAGUGAUCCACAAGGGUUCCCGCUCCUCCAUCAAGGACACCAUCACUGACAGACUCACUGAGAAGGAGAGAGAAUUCCCAUUGUAUCCUAGAGGAGAGCGCUUUCAUUUUGAAUACGGCGUCUACUUGCUAAACAAGAACAUCGCCCAGCUGAGAUAUCAGCACGGUUUGACCACCCCGGACCUGCAGCAGACGCUACCCAACCUGAAGAACUUUCUGGAGCACGGCCUGAUGGUGCGAUGCGACCGACAUCACGUCUCCAGCUCGAUUCCAGUGCCCUCCAAGUCGCAGCUGGGUGUGUCCGCCGCCUCAGAAACGGGCUACCCUCACCACAACAGUUCUCCGGACCGAGGCCCGAGGAAGAGGGCGAGCUCGGAGGCCGAGGCACAGCUCAAGUACAAGCCAACGCCUUCCCCAAACAACAAGGCAGCCGCAGGGGAAGAGAGGCCUCCGGCUAACCUGACACCACCUUCACCGGCACCAAAACAUGUGUCCUCGUCGCUUGAUGCCAGCAUGGCCUCACCUCACCUCAACACACAUGCAGCGGCCAAGGAGGAGGAGGAGGGGGAGCAGGGUGGGCACACGGAGGUAGAGGAGAAAAAUAAAACCGCUGGCGUAGAGAGGGAAGCGGAUAAACAGAAAGAAUCCGAGGAGCGGCCGGCCAGCAGCGCAGGGGCAUCCAGUUCCUCCGUAGUGCAGGAAGUUGGAGAGGAAACUGUUUCCAGUAACCAUACAGGCGCAAUGAACGGCUCCCUGGCAACAGGUCAGGCGCCGUUAGGCCUCGUCCCGGAGCUGCACUGCUCCGUGGAGCAAGCUGAGGAGAUCAUGGGCACAGAGGCCACGGGGCUAGGGAUGGGGUUGGGGCUAACAGAGGAGGCCCGGCUGGAAGACUACCACUGUGUUCCCGUGGAUCACGCGGUAGCCGUUGAGUGCGACGAACAGGUGCUGGGUGAGCUGGACGUGGCAGGCUUUGAGGAGUUCAACAGGCGCAUCUAUGCACUAAACGAGAACAUGUCCAGCUUCCGCCGGCCACGCAAGAACUCUGACAAAUGAGAUUUAUGGAGUGGUGCAGGGUGGGGCAGAAGGCCAGAGGGAGUCUUGGUAAAACUUGCACAU